AUGACUCUCUUAGUUUCUCUAUCAAAAGAUUUAAAUUUUACACUUAUAAAUAAUCAAUCAUGGUUUAUUCCUAUCGAUAUUCUAUUACUUAUAUGUCUCUUCUUAGCUAUUCUAUUAGCUUUCUUAUUUUUAUUUAUUAUUUUAAUUGAUAAAACAUGUCAUACAAUUCCAAUGAUGUUUUUAGCUAAUUCAUGUUUCGCUUGUCUUUUCUUUACGAUUAUUAUGUUUUGGGCGACAAUCAUCUCACUUUAUAAUGAUCUUAAACAAAUUUCCUAUGAAGAUUCAUUUUGUAUUUUUCGAGGUUAUAUGACUUAUGUUACUGGUGGUGAAUUAUUUUAUGGAUAUCUCUUACAAGCUAUUUAUAGUUAUAUGACAGUUGUUUAUCCCACUCGAUUAUUUUGGCAAUCAGCAAAAUUUCAAUUAUUUCUCAUCUGUUUAAUGUGGGCAUCUGUCUUUAUAUGUAUUUUACCAAUUUUACUCUCUCAUGAAAUCAAAUAUUAA